AUGGCAGUUUGGGUUCCGGAAGGGUCGCUCUACGAUUCAGGCUAUCAGCCAAAUUAUGGACAAGGCGGAGAAGGCAAUCGCGGGGAGCGCUGGCUCUGGGGCAGUAAGGAGUACCGCCUCAUCACCGCACUGGAUAUAAGAAAUGCCUUUAAUUCUGCCAGCUGGCAUAGGAUCUUGCACGCGCUGCAGCACUUCAAUAUCCCGAGCUACCUCACCCGGAUAAUUGCAAGUUACCUUAGCGACAGGAAGCUCUGGUACACGACCAGUACAGGCACUGAGAGCUACGAGGUCACUGGAGGCGUCCCCAGGAUCAGUGCUCGGCCCCACCUUGUGGAACGCUAUGUACGACGGAGUCCUCCGCCUAAGGAUGCCGGACGGUGUGAAUAUUGUCGGAUUUGCAGACGACAUAGCGAUCGUGACGGUCGCGAAGCACCUGACGGAUAUAGAGGCAAAGACGAAUACCGCAGUCAAAGCAGUACGGGAUUGGCUGGAAGAAUUGGGGAUACAACGAUACGCUCGCAGGCCACUAUGACCUAUCUCGGAGUCAAGGUGGACAACAGACUCAACUUUCGAGCACACCUCAUGUACGCGGCGAGUAAGGCAGCAACCGCAUCCACGGCCUUAGCCCGAAUAAUGCCGAACACAGGUGGCCCUAGGCAGAAAAGAAGGUUACUGCUCACGAACGUGGUCAGGUCCAUCAGCCUUUACGCAGCCCUGAUCUGGCCAAAGGGAACGGAGAGCGGCACCUUCCUGAGGCAGAUGAACUCGGUGCACCGGAUCUGCGCGCUCAGAAUGUGUUGCGCAUUCCGGACGGUAUCGGGAGAAGCUGCAAUGGUCCUUGCGGGAACAGCGCCAUUCGAUCUACAGGCAACAGAGCGCGCGAAGGCCAGGGAUAGAGCCAGUAUCAUACAGGAGUGGCAGGCAAGGUGGAACAGCGGCACGAAAGGUCGGUGGACACAUCGCCUGGUACCGGACAUUUCAAGGAUACCUGCACCGUUUCGGCCAUGCAUCAGAUCCCAUUGCGCCCACUGCGAGCCGCAGGUGGUGGAGGAUGCAGAGCACGUCUUUCUGCACUGCGGACGCUUCGCAGGUGCUAGAGAACAACUAGAAGCCCGCCUUGAGGGGCAGGUCGAGACGGAGUCCGUAGUCGAGCACAUGAUAAGCUCGAGGGAGAAAUGGGUGGCGGUGAACACGAUGGCAGUGGCUGUAAUGAAGCAGCUAAGAAGAGAAGAGAGAGCACGAAUCCCAGCCAACCCAGAAGAGGGCCGAUAA